CACAUCCCACGCGCACCCUGAGCGCACCCUGAGCGCUGACGCUACCCGACACCCGUCUUUCAGCGGCGGUCUUCCUGUAUGAGUCUGUCGUCCGCAGCUCUCUUUACGCCUGGGCCGCUACUCGCACACAAUGGCCGCUCUGAUCCGGAGCCUUCCCGCCUUCGGCUGGCUGCUUGCCGCCGUCGCGGGCGCCGCCACUACCGAGCAUGAGCGAUUCGCGGCCGUGGAGACCGGCGCCGUCCUCGCGCCGCGGUUGUACCACAUGGGACCGGCGAGUCCGCUUGAGAAACGAGAGGACGGUUGCAGAGAAGGAUGGCAUCCAUGCAACGAUAUCGGACCACCGGGUGAGAAUGCCUGUUGCCCAAAUGACCAGUACUGCAUCGUCAACCCUUCCGACACGACCACGGCAGGGUGCUGCAGCAUCGGCGCCCGGUGCCGCGGCUCGCCCUGCGACCCGACCGCGUACCAGUGCAACAAGACGACGACCAUCACGGCGCAGGGCACGCCGUCGGUGAGCCUGAUCCCGGCCUGCUGCGGGCGCGUCUGCACCGGCACCUCCGAGUUCCAGUGCCCGACCUCCCUCGGCGGCGGCUGCUGCAAGUACGGCAGCCGCUGCGGCAGGGACAAGCAGUGCAUCUUCACCCUGACCGAGCCCUCCCCGACCCCGACCCCGUCCACCUCCAUCGACCCGGCCCUGAUCCCGCCCCCGCCGGGCUGCGAGACGGGCCAGACCUCGUGCCCGGCCUCCCUGGGCGGCGGCUGCUGCCCCGCCACCCAGUCCUGCACCCUCAUCACGGGCAAGGCGCACUGCGCCGACAACCCGCCCGAGCCGACGGGGAGCGGCGUCAGCGUGGUGGACGGAGCCGACGGCGGGCUGAGCCCGGGCGCUACGGCCGGCGUGGCGGUCGGCGUCGUGGUGGGCGCCGGCGCGAUCCUCGGAUUGGCGGCGUCGUGGUGGUGCGCACGACGGAGGAGGAAGGGGGGUGGGAUGAGCGAGGCGACUGGGAGCGCGCCGGCCUCGAGGCCGACUGGGGUCGUGGGGCGGAUCGUGGGUGGCAGCGGCGGGGCUGGGAGCGCCGGGAGGGAGAUAUCGGACGUGACGUCGGACGUGGCGUCGAGGAGCGGGAGGUUCGGCGGCGGCGGCGGCGGCGGCGGGUUGGUGCAGGACUACUUUGGGCCGGCCCCGGCUGUCGGGCCGUACUCGGAGACGCACACGUCGUCGCCGGUGACCACGCCCGGCUUGGACCGCGGUGGCGUGCCGCUGCAGCCGCAUGAGCCGGGGGACAUCGCCGUGCCGGUCGAGAUCGAUUCGCGGCUGAAGGGCGCCGAGGGGCCUCCCGCCGGGCUGGCCAUCACGCCGCGCGCGAACGCGCCGCACGAGAGCGAGGACGUUCAGGAGCACUAUGAGCUGUACGGUUCCGAGGUUGGCCAGAUAUCGCCCACGCUGCCGUCCCCGUACGGCGAGGGAGUACCGAGUCCGCACGAGCGGCCUAGUUGAGAUUCGUUCAGAAGGUGCUGGGGUGUUUGCAAGACGGAAUAAACACAGAUAUCCACACACACACACACACACACACUGUAUGUUAUGUCUUGUCCUCCUGUUUGAUGAUCCCAACGAUCCAACGAUCUUGGAUGACGAACAUGGCUCUCUUGAAGCAACAAUCAACACCCGCCUGCAAG